UUGAAUGGGCCGAGAUCGGAGGUGUGUUAAGGAAAAUCAAUGUGGCUUACCCCAUAAACAAAACAAAAAAUUGCCUCAGUCGUCAAAGCUUACAUGCAAGGUAGGUAGGUACAGUACCUAUCUCCUAACUUAACCAAGAGUAUGGACUGCAUAUAAUAGUAAUGAACGAGUCUUGGAAUAACUUCAACGUCCCCUUUCCAUGCUAGCUUUCCCCCCAUUUUAAUCCAAUGAAUUCUUCCUCAUGGCAACUGAACGUAAGCGUUUUCGAGAUGAUUUACUAUCCGCCGUACAACUUGCGUUCCGGCAUUCCCGGAACAACAUCGUACAAUCAUGGCUUUACGUGCCUUUCGGCAUAAUACUCAUGCUGUUGUCCUGCUUUGCGGUCAACAGGUUAUUCAAUCUUGGGUCUGUGCCUUUUCCGUCGUCGGUAGCUUGCCUCAUCAUCCUUUUCGCGGCGCUACUGCUGUCCGAGCAACUUCUCGGCGAGCAUCGGACGAAGCAUAUUGUUUCUAUUAUCGAGAUUCCGGGCGGUUGGGCGCUGCGAUGGAUAAACGUCCUAUUCACACCUUCUUUCGUCUUAUUACCCCUGAGCCCGUCGAUAGGGGGGAUCGAAGUCCUUAAGAUAAUCGCAAUCUUUGUGAUCGGGUUUCUCGUAAUGAUGGCCCUUGCCGCUUAUAUGACCCGGGCUUUACAGCUUGUUCUCGGAUCGUCAAAGCGGGCAAUGACCGAGCGAGCGGAGGAGCUAGGCCCUGACAGCGAAGAUAUCAUUAUGAAUACAACCCCAGAACAUACAGGCCAAUCGACGCCCCAGUCUGUCGAGGUAGACUUACAGCGUCCCCUGCCGUCUCGGGAUGCUCAUCAAGGAGAGGACUCCCAGUCCAGCCGCACCGUCGUAGAUAGCGACGCGGACCGCCCCGACCUGCCGCCACAAGCGCCAAUACCGCCAUCUAGAUCGGAUCGCUGGGCAGCAAUCAUCACCACCAGACUGGACCUUCUGACUUGGAGCGCGAUUUUCUUGUUCGUGGGACUCCCGGUGUACUAUGGCGCCGGCUACGCAAUGCCGAUGCAUAUAAGCUUCAACAUCCUAAUGUACUUCCUGGCAGUGUUCCUCCCGGAAAGUUGGAAACGAUAUCUCCAUCCCGUUCUCGUGUCGUCUCUGUUCACCACACUAGGAAUCUGGGUCCUUGGGCUUAUUAAGGGCGAUAGCCUCCCGGUUACCCUUGCUGCGUAUAAGACAGGAGUCGGAUACACGGAGAUCUGGAGCGGCGUCCGUGGUCUUCCGGGAGCCGGUAAUUUGCUCGCCAGCGUGCUGGAUGCCAGCAUUGUCUCUUUCGCAUUUCCCGUAUAUCGGUACCGACGCGAGCUGAAGCAGCACUUCGCCUCGAUUAUUAUUCCUAACGUCGCUAUCUCUAUCGGCUCCCUCUUCGCAUACCCGUAUAUCUGCUAUGCCGUUGGUAUCAGCGCUCAACGCAGCCUUGCUUUCGCGGCGCGCAGCCUCACGCUGGCUCUUGCGGUGCCAGCGGCAGCCAACUUGGGCGGUGACUUGAACACCGUGGCGGCAUUGGCUAUUAUGAGUGGGAUUGUCGGAGUGCUGGUUGGUGAGAGCAUGUUGAAAUUCCUCAAGAUUCCCCAAGAUGACUACGUUACUCGCGGCGUUACGCUCGGUGCCAACUCGUCUGCCAUGGCGGCAGCAUUACUCUUGCGUACCGAUCCGCGAGCUGCCGCGCUGUCUAUCCUUGCCAUGAGCGUGUUCGGCACUAUCACCGUGCUGUUCACGUCUAUACCACCGAUAACGGUUGCAAUUCAGUCACUGGUACAACUAUAAUUCUGGAACGGAAUCUCUAGUCGAGCUGAUAUGUAUCAUUUCGGCUCAGAAUACAUACCUGUUUUAGAUUGACACUUGGUAUUUGUUGGAAUUAUUGUUAGAAGGCUUAUCCAGCUAUUUAGAUAUUUCGGUUCUUGUUUUAGGUCGAGCACUUUGAACGCUUGGCAGGUUUAUGGUGGUCAGUUGAUUAUCUAUGCCCCUAAAAAACAACGUUGGCGAAUUAUUUAAUUAUUUAUUUAUAUCGAUUCACUAGCUUGAACCAUCGCA